CCUGGUGUGGGAUGACGUCAAAUUCAAGAUGGAUGGAAUCACAGCGGCAGCGGCGGCUGCGGCGCGCGCGAGCCGAGUGUGAGCGGAAGGGGGCCCUGCGUCUGCCUCGGGGCUGGAGAUCGGAAACAACAUGAAAUAGAAACAAUUCAGGCAGCAUUUGGGAAGAUCUUUGUGUGCAAGAAUCCAAGUGGUAAGCAAACCAGCCCUCUUUCAGAAUCUGGGUUUCCUGGGGGAUUUCCUCUGAGCUGUUCCAGCCGCUCACAGAUGCAGCCCUUCCUCCACAUUUCACCCACUUUGAAGAGCGCCAAGGCUGUUCCACGUGACUGAAGUGGUAGCAGGAGCUCCUGCAGUGAUGAGUCAGGAGGGCUGAGUAGUGACAAAAGCAUGGGGAUGAGGACAGAGCCGGGGCCACACGUGUUUGCGUAUGAGAGCUUUCAAACUUAUGCACUGUCUCCCACAAGUGGAGCUCCUGAUCCAAUGAUGAUUAAAAGAACCGUGGACAUUUUUACGUGCCAGCAAAUGUAUUGUAUCUGGACCAGCAAAACUCAAUGAGGAUAAAUUACCUCAGCGCGAAGCUGGCCUUAUCUGAGGAGUGAGCAGCAGAAAAAUCAGAAGAUUUUGAGAAUUCAGUCUGCAUAUCCACCAGCCACAAAUAGUUUGUCUGGAUUAUCUCAUGAUGUUCAGCAGUUGAGAUUUUUUUCCCUCUUUUGCCUGUAUUCUUUUUUUUUUUUUUGCACUUUAGAUGAAGGUUUACAGAACAAGCUAGUUUCUCAUUUAACAGUACACAUAUUGUUUUAUGACAUUGGUUAACAACCCCACAACAUGUCAGCACUCUCCCUUCUGAACCUUGGGUUCCCCAUUACCAGCAUUCCUGUUCCCUCCUGCCUUCUCGUCCUUGCCCCAGGGCUGGUGUGCCCCUUUAGUCUCCUUUUGUUUUAUGGGCCUAUUCAAUCUUUGCUUUUGCCUGCAUCCCUAAAUAGCAUUUUAUAUUUUUAGUUAAGUUGUUAAAUUCAAUCAGUGUCCCACUAUCUUUCAACAGAACACAAAGGUCCAAAAUGGAAAUUGUUUUCAGCUAGACCAGGAAGGGGACCAUUGUUUUCAAAUUUUAAUGAUCGAAUUAAAGGGUAAAGGCCAGGGCCUCAACCUGAAGGUGAGGCGCCCACACUGCUCUUAUGCUGUCACCUCCCAUCUCUGUAGACGUCUGUGUCUCCAGCACCUUUAUGCUGGGGCAUUGAUCCAAUGGAAGAUGUCACCACCUGUUUAUAAUCCUUGAAUGACAUAUUUUAGCCCCAAAGCCCUUAUGCCUCCCCUGCUCCUCCAGCCUUGCCGUCUGCCCUUCCCUUGCAUGUACCCUCUGCUCUAGCCAGGUGAAACCACCUGCAGUUCCCAGGGAUACUUUCUGCUCUGUCUGGUCUAUGAUGUUGGACAUACUGCCCUCUCUCUUGAAAUGCCUUUCACCCCCUUCUUUGUGACGCUCCCCAUGUUACCUGGUUCCUUCUUUGUCAUCAAGCAUCUGCUGGUAAGUCCCGUUCCUGCCCUUACUCACAUCUGGAUCUGCUGCCCUUCAUCUGCAUACACCCUGUCCUGUGCCUGUAGUUGCAAGUACUUAAAAGCAUUCUGCGCUGUGGUGACCAAUCCUUAUCCUGUUCCUGUGCGGGACUUUAAGCUCCUUAAGGCAGGGCCAUGCCUGUGAGAUUGAGACCCUCCAAGCCAAGCAGAGUUUCAGCACAUACUAGAUGGGUGCACAGUGACUCAGGGCAUAGGCUCCCAGCUCCUCUACUCACCGGAAGUGAUGGCAAUAGCUAGCUCAGAAGAUACACGAGAAUUAAGAGACAACUGGAGAGAGUGUGGGGUAGCCUGUGGAGUCAAAGCACCUGCGUUUGAAUCCCGCUGUGCUGCUUAUUAUGUGUAUGACAUUGAGCAAGUGUUUGUGCCUCAGUUUCCCCAUCUUGUAAAAUAGGGAUAAUAAUACCUCCUAGGAUUAUUGUCAGUAUUGAGUUAAUAUAUGAGACAUGUUUACAUAGUAUGUGGCGGAGCAAGUACUCAGAUACUAGUUAUUAGUGUUCCAGUGAAUGGGUGGAAAGUAAAUACUUGAGGGUGAUUUUGCAGUGGUAUAUCAGUAACAUGGACAUGCCCAGCCGCUUUUCAGGCAGGCAGUCUCGCUGAUGACACCAAACUGAGAUUAUAGUCAAAUGAGUAGUUUUAAACCCCAAAUAAUUUUCAGGGACAACGAGUAUUUCUCUUACACUUCAACCCUAAGUGACUUAAAUAUUGUUCCCCAACUCCCAGAUGUUUUCAUUCAAACAUUAUAGAAGCCUCUGGGCCAAGAAAUUGGAAGAAAUUACUUAGAGCAAAAAUAGGGAUCAUCCAAAAGGGGAAAAAUGUAGGGCAGAAUUUCAAAUUCUCAUGGAAUCCAGACUUUCUAGAGCCAUAGAGGCUGGGUGAACCCCUGAAAAUACUGCCCUGGGAUAAUGUUUUAAACCUUAACCAAAAUAUCUCCUGAAGUCUUAUUAAAACUAAGCAGUAGCUUAGCUUAACUAGUAAGUAAUGUCUGAGCAUUGUGCACUCUAUCUAUAUGAGAUCAAAUUGACAGCAGACACUCAAAAGAUCAGAGGGGAAACUUAGGCAGCAGUGAGUUUAUGUUCAUGGAGGAGGAACAGCUGAGAAAAGGAGGGUGAGAAUGCUUGCACAACUCCAAGAAUGUAAUCAGUGUCACUGAAUUGUAUGUGUGCAAAUUGUUGAAUUGGUGUAUGUUCUGCGGUACAUACCAUAUUUUUACGCAAAUAACGCACCCCUUCGACCUUUGUUUGCCAGCCGUGCCUGCCCCCUUGAGGUAUUUUUGUAAGUGUGCUAUCCUAAGUUUUUUUCCAACAACAUGUAAAAAAAAAAUUAGCAUAGUGGCACUUACGAAAAUACCUUGCAGGAGGAGGGUGCAGUUGGCAAACAAAGGUGGAAGGCGCGUGUUAAUUCACAUAAAUAUUACGGUAUUCUCAACAACAAAAAUAAAUUAUUAAAAUAAUAGGGAUUAUGGAAUUUGAGUGGAGUAUAAAGAAGGAAACUGUUUCGAUCCAAGGGAAGAAGAUGUUGCUGUCUGGCGCUGGGAGGCAGGUGGUACCUGAAAUGGCAUUUGCUUCAUGUUCAGGAACAUAGAAACUCUCACUUGGUUUACUCCUCAUUCAGUACCUUAUCCUGUACCUGUGGUUUUAAGUUCCAUUGCUGUCUUACUUGGGGCUCCCUUGAAAACGGACUCUGAAACGAGGAUUCAGACACAGGUCAUUUAUUUGAGAAGGGAUCCCAGGAAGCACAAGAAAGGAAUAGAGAAAACACAGGGAAGACACCUGGGUACAGGCACGUUAAGGAACAGGUUACUGCGCGUAUUUAGAAUGUCAAAACUCCUUAAAAAAAAAAAAAGUGAACUCAGGAUUUUUUAUUAUAUUCCGUCUCAAGUAAGGACAAUUACAUUCUUCAGUUGUUCAGGCAGAAUCCUUGGAGCAUCCCUGAUUCCCCUCUUUCUCUUACCCACUACAGCCAAUCCCUCAGAAUCCUGAUGACUCUGUCUUGACCUUCACUGCUACCAUCAUGGUUCAGGCCACCAUCAUUCUUACCUGGAUUAUGUAGGAGACACCUUGUUGCCCUCCCAGCCUCCAUGGUUCAUUCUCAACGGCAUAGCCAGAGUGAUGCUUUUAAUGCGUAAUUCAGGUCAUUGUCAUGCCUCUGCUCAAAGACUUCCAACGGCAGCCCGUUUGACUCAGUACAAAGUGCAGUUAGUUCUUCCAGUAGUCCACCCAGCCCAAGAGUCUGGCUGCUCAUUGCUUCUCUGUUGUCAGCUUCCAUGAUUCCCCAGUGCUCUCCGCUCCAGCCCUGCUGCCACCUGACUCUUCCUCUGCUUGUCAUGUUCGUCCCUCAGUGAUCCCCACGGCUCUUCUCUCACCUCCUUCAGGUCUUCUCAGGUGCCAUUUUGUCAAAUGAAUGAAUGACAGGCAAAGUGCCUGAGACAGUCUGUAGUGUGUUGUAAGUGCUCAGUAAAGGGUAACAAUUAGUAUCAUCUCAUUUGACGCUCACCACAGUGUUAUGUGGUAGCUGCUAUUAUCGCCGCUUUACAGUGGGGGAGACUGAGGCAUCCAGGGAGGCUGAUCAGCCUAGAGCACGAGCUUUCAAGCCGUUUUGACCCUGAUGCACAGGAAGGAACAUACUUUAUCUUACAUCCCGACCCAGUACUCGCUUACAUGUGUGGAUAUGUAUGUAUAUAACUGAAUCAAAAGUUUCACAGAACUCAUCAGCCUGACUGCGUUUGAUGCAUUCUGACGGCUUCUACUCCAUCCUAGUCCGUUUCAUUUAUACUUAACUUGCUGGUGUCAAACCUCGAAGUUGAUUUUAAGAAACUCUUUGGAAAAAUACUUGUCCACACCUUUGAUUCUCUGUCACUUUUCCCCUGUGGAGACAUGGGAACUAACUUUCUCAAAAAUUGUUAGCACUGGAAGAGUGCUCAGUGCGUGGCCAAGCCCACACGUGUGGUAUUGAUAUAAGCUCAUUUUUCUGUUGUCCUCCGUAAAAGGGUUCCUUUACACAUGAAUGGAUGUGUGGUGAUGUAGGAAGAGUAAUAGGAUUAAGGGAGAAAGUAGGGUGGCUAGCUGAGGAUAGAAGGAAGGGGAAAUAUCUUUACCAAGAAAUCACAAGUAAAAGAAUUAAAAUUUAGCAUUUGAUAUUAAGUGGUAGACAGGAAUAAACAAAAACCUGGUACAGCUUGACCAAGGCAGUUGUGGACAGGCAAAAGGCCUCAUCCCAAGACAAGAUACAAAGUCAUGCCUCUAAGGUUGUUAAACUUAAGAGUCGACACCUUAACGGGAAGUCAGGAUAAUACUGAAGGUACUGCCUGCCAUUUCUGGUCAUGCCACACUGGUGGCCAACAAAUUGUCCUGUGUGGGCUCCUCUGAAAAGCCUGCAUGCUGGGCUGACCAGCAAGGCUGACCCUUGACCUGGAAGAGAACCUACAAAUGUGCUUCCUGGGUGCCGAGUUCAUGUACAGCUUGUCCUUGAGGGAAUGAUCAAGUAGCCACAGAUAUUCUUACUAGAAACCCAGACAAUGGAGGGAUUACUGCAUUAUAUCAACCCAGCACAUGCCAUCUCUCUCCUGAGUGCCCUCAACGAGGAGCGCCUCAAAGGCCAGCUCUGUGAUGUGCUCCUGAUCGUUGGAGACCAGAAAUUUCGAGCUCAUAAGAACGUCUUGGCCGCCAGCAGUGAAUACUUCCAGAGUUUAUUCACAAAUAAGGAGAACGAGUCACAAACUGUAUUUCAGCUUGACUUUUGCGAGCCAGAUGCUUUUGAUAAUGUUUUAAACUACAUCUAUUCUUCCUCUUUGUUUGUUGAGAAGAGCAGCCUGGCUGCGGUGCAAGAACUUGGCUAUAGCCUGGGGAUUUCCUUCCUGACUAACAUUGUUUCUAAAACACCUCAAGCCCCCUUCCUGACAUGUCCCAGUAGAAAAAAAGUUUUUAUAGAAGAUGAUGAAAACAGUUCCCAAAAGAGAAGUGUCAUUGUCUGUCAAAGUAGAAAUGAAGCACAAGGAAAAACUGUCAGUCAAAACCCUCCCGAUGUAAGCCAUACUUCCAGACCCUUGCCUAGCAUUGCCAUCAAGACCGGUACCAGUAAGCCACAUGUCUCCAAACCGAUUGACCCGCUUCACGGUCUGUCACUCACUGAGAAGAGUUGGCCGAGAGAUACUUCAGUGGGAUAUGCAAAGUCUCUUGAGCAUCCUGGCUCUUUGGAGGAUCCUAGUAGAAGCAGUUUGGUGAAAAGAAAUGCAGUAUUGCCUUCAAAGCCCCUACAAGACCGAGAAGCUGCAGACGAUAAACCAGGUGUGAGUGGUCAGCUUCCAAAAGGAAAAGCCAUAGAGCUGGCUUUGAAGAAACCACGGCCUCCUGUUUUGACUCUGCAUAGCUCGUCAGAGGCACCCUAUCUCUUGAAAGAGACUAACACAGGAGGCGGUCAAGGCGAAGAUAGAAACUUACUGUACUACUCAAAACUGGGACUAGUGAUCCCCUCCAGCGGGCCCGGUUCUGGAAACCAAAACAUUGACAGAAGUGGCCCACUCGUCAAGAGUCUUCUCAGACGGUCACUGUCGAUGGAUAGCCAGGUUCCGAUGUAUUCACCCUCCAUAGAUUUGAAGUCUUCCCAGGGCUCAUCUUCCAUGUCUAAUGAUGCACCAGGGAAUGUCCUCUGUGCUUUAUCUCAAAAAUCAUCUUUAAAAGAUGGUAGUGAGAAAGCAGCCCUGGACGACAGAACUGCUGUCCUACCAUCACCUCGCCUUAGGUCCUUCAGUGCUUCACAGUCCACAGACAGGGAGGCCGCCUCGCCCGUCACGGAGGUCUGUGUAAAAACCGAGCCCAGCAGCCCACUCUCAGACCCUUCGGACAUCAUCAGAGUCACCGUGGGGGACGCAGCGGCAGCCACGGCAGCAGCCUCGCUGUCAGCAGUCACCAGAGACUUUUCUCUGAAAACAGAAGACGACCCAAAGGAAGCGAGCAGACUCCCAGCCAAGAGGAGGUUCCAGGCUGACCGAAGGUUGCCGUUCAAGAAGCUGAAGGUAAAUGAGCACGGAGCUCCUGUGUCAGAAGAUAACUGUGAGGAGGGCCCCGGUCCCGCUCUCCUCCAGGCCGACUUCCCAGAUUCUGACUUGAAUAAAGAUGAAUUUGGUGAGUUGGAGGGAACGAGACCGAACAAAAAAUUUAAAUGCAAACAUUGCCUUAAGAUCUUUAGGUCGACAGCAGGCCUUCACCGCCACGUUAACAUAUACCAUAACCCCGAAAAGCCCUAUGCCUGUGACAUCUGUCACAAGCGAUUUCACACAAACUUUAAAGUCUGGACACACUGUCAGACACAGCACGGCAUAGUGAAAAAUCCGUCCCCGGCCUCUAGCUCUCAUGCCGUUUUGGAUGAAAAAUUCCAAAGAAAGCUGAUUGACAUAGUGAGAGAGAGGGAAAUUAAAAAGGCCCUUAUGAUUAAGUUAAGGCGUGGCAAGCCUGGUUUUCAGGGACAGGCUAGUGCCCAAGCACAACAAGUCAUCAAGAGGAACUUAAGAUCAAGAGCCAAAGGAGCGUACAUUUGCGCUUACUGUGGAAAAGCCUACCGUUUCCUCUCUCAGUUUAAACAGCACAUAAAAAUGCACCCGGGAGAAAAGCCCGUUGGAGUAAAUAGAGGCACUAAGCCAAAAGAGCAUGUCCCUCUUGAAAGCCCAGUAGAAAGCAAGGAGGUUUACCAGUGCCGCCUCUGUAAUGCUAAGCUCUCUUCUCUUCUAGAACAAGGCAACCACGAGAGGUUAUGCAGAAAUGCCACCGUUUGCCCUUACUGCAGCCUUAGGUUUUUCUCGCCCGAGCUAAAGCGGGAGCACGAGGGCAAAUGUGAGUACAAGAAGCUGACCUGUCUGGAGUGCAUGCGCACCUUCAAGUCCUCCUUCAGCAUCUGGCGGCACCAAGUCGAGGUCCACAACCAGAACACCAUGGUACCAGCGGAAAACUUCUCUCUGCCUGUUCUUGACCACAACGGCGAGGUCACCAGCUCUGCAAGGCCACAGCCUCAGUCUGAGCCAACUAAGGUCAACCAUGUGAUCGCAGCGAAAGAUGACCAUGGGUUCAGCGAUUCUUCUGAACAAAUUAACUUUGAUUCUGAAGACUCCUCUUGCCUCCCGGAAGACCUCAGUCUUUCUAAGCAGCUGAAAAUCCAAGUCAAAGAGGAGCCGGUGGAAGAGGCAGAGGAAGAGGUGCCCGAGACCAGCGUGGCCCCGAAAGAGGCAGGUCCCAGCAAAGACGCCGGCCUGUGGCCCUGCGAGAAAUGUGGGAAGAUGUUCACGGUGCACAAGCAGCUGGAGCGCCACCAGGAGCUUCUGUGUUCUGUGAAACCUUUCAUCUGCCACGUUUGCAACAAAGCGUUCCGCACGAAUUUCCGGCUCUGGAGCCACUUCCAGUCCCACAUGUCUCAGGCCACCGAGGACUCGGUGCAUAAAGAAUCCGAAGUGGGCCCCGCGCCAACAAACUCUCCCUCCCCGCCUCCCCUGCCGCCUCCACCCCCGCUCCCCAAGAUCCAGCCCUUGGAGCCUGACAGCCCAACUGGUCAGUCUGAGAAUCCGACUCCCACCACGGAGAAAUUGUUUGCACCCCAAGAGUCAGACACCCUUUUUUACCACGCUCCGCCCCUCUCAGCGAUCACAUUUAAAAGACAGUUUAUGUGUAAGCUCUGCCAUAGGACAUUUAAGACUGCAUUUAGCCUUUGGAGUCAUGAACAAACCCACAAUUGAAAGACCGGCACUCUUGACCUGUUAGGAAAUGGGAGCUGGUGUCCAGAUAACCUGCGUUGUGAAAUGCAUCAAAAGAAACAAAAUAUUUUUUGAAAAAGAAUAAUAAAGGUUGGAAAUUAUGCUUGAAUUUAUGUUUGAGACAAACUGAUAAUAGUAACAUCCUGGCUCAACUUGCGGAAAACUAAAAAAAAUUGUGGUUCUGGGCCUUACAGUAACAGAAUGAUUUGAUUUCAUUAAUGUUGAAAUUUGAUUAGCCUUGGUGGUUUGCAUGGUUCCUCAUUCCAUGGUGUCAGUAUAAUCUUUUAAGUGAGGUUUUGUUUGAUUUUUCUAACUGAUUUGAAAUUAGUGAAAUACUGUGAAAGUAUUUCUCCUUUUGAUUAUAUCAGACACCGAAGUUCUAGUUAAUGCUUAGCCAUGUUCAUAAGUCCAAAACGUAUCAGGCAGAAGUGGGUAGCUGGCAGUAUAGAUUUAGACACUAGAAUACUUUAGCAAUAAAAAAUGAGAAACCUCAACUUUAAUAAGUUAUCCUGACACUUGAUAAAGAUAAAUACUUGGUAUUUUGUGGUCACGUAGAACUUUUUUUGUAUAAAUAUUGUGAGAAUUUUAAAUCAGCAAUAGUAAUACUUAAAUGUUUAUAAAAUAGUAAAAAAAAACUUGCUCUCAGUCAUUUAAUAUAUGUUAAUGAUGGUCAGACUCUAAGACUUGGGAAAUGAAAAGAUGAGUUAUGGAAGGCCUCUACAGUCAGUUGAUACCCGCUUCAGGAGUGAUAGGCAUGGUAAUAAAACUGCUGAGCUGGGUUGUGUGUCAGUGGCACCCCACUUUAAAUAUGGACUAGCAUUUAGUGACUGAGGGUUUGGGUUUCCUCUAGUGUAGUCUGUCAUGAGUUGAAAAUCAGAGUGGACUUGAGACAAAAACGCAAGGUCGUGUAUGACGCUAAUUUUGAACUUAGCAGCAUUCAUUGGACAGAAAAGAUUGGAGCGUGCAUUUCCCUAGAUCCCCAACACUCGGAGGCGGUGCAGCACCUCUGGAAUUCCGAAUCACCACUGACUUACCGAGUCCUCAAAGCAGAGGGGAACAGCAUGCUGCAGUUUCUACAGGCUUUUCAAGAACAGUAGAGACGAGACCCAAACCAUUUCUGUUAGAAUUUUUUUCCCCCUCUUGAUAGUACUUCUGGUGGUAAAAUGUCAAUGAUGAAACUAUUCUUCAAUUUUAAGUCGCAGCUUACUAGUUCAUAGAUAUGUGUUAAAAUACUAUCAGGAGUCCCCAAAUUUGUAUUAGUGACUUACUUUGGUCCAUAGGGUUUGAGCUUCUUUUUUUUUUCCUACUGUGAGUAAGUCACCAUUAAAAACUUUUCAGUAGGUUUUAUCCAAAGCUCAAUGGGGUGUUUAAAAAGGGAAAUCUUUAUUUCAUUUGGAGAGGGGUAGAGUAGAUAUAUAAAAGUGGAAGUAUUGUUGAAACUACAAAAUCCCUUUAAGGUAGAGAGAGGGGUUAAAACUCCAGAUUGACUUUAUAUCUUUUUUACAAGUUCUUUCAAACAAACAAAAAGCAACUACUGUGCUAACAAGUAAUUUGCUGAGUACUUUUAUGUGUGCUCUGGCCAGCUAGGACUUGUACCUAUCUGUCUCAUCGUCCACAGUCCGCUCUGGCCAGCUAGGACUUGUACCUAUCUGUCUCAUCGUCCACAGUCCAUACUAGUGGUAGGAAAAUCAUUAUUUUUUAUGGAAACAACCAUUUUUAGGAAAUCCUAAGGAUUUUUAGGAAAUCCUUGUACAUUAUAGAAACUAUGAAAUUUUACCUUUUAUUCUUUCAUUUGAAAAACCCCAAAAUAUUCGAGUGAUUAUAUCCUAUUUCAUUCCUACUUAAAUUUGAUGGAGAAAGGAAAAUAAAAUGAAGUUGCAGUUACCGGUCAUUGCCAUCUUCAUAUUUUCUUGAAGAAAUCUAUGCAUUUUAAAGACAAAACUAAAGCGUAGGAUUUUCUGUGGAAUGUCUGGAUGGAUUAUUGUUCAUUCGGUGCAUUCCCUGAUAACGUGGUACUUCGUACUCGGAACAUUGUGGUAGCUUUCACGUCUUCAAAAGAAGACAGCUUCCCUCAGAGUAAUCCUCACUUACCGGAGUAUCUGUCGUACUUCGCGAUACACAGUGUCUUGGCACUUAAACUGAGUAUCCCAGGACUUGAAGCUUUAUGCUACAUUUUUGAAAAAUUUUUAAUAAUAUCGUUAAUCAGCAAAAAGUAUUUUUGAUCUAAAUAUAGGUUUGGCAUAUCUGUUAGGUUAAAAAAAGUAACAAGUGUUUUGUCUUAUUCGUUCACAUUUUUGUCUAGGCAAGGAACAUAAGAUUUCAAAUAAAAUUUUGAACCAAAAACGUUUGUAACGCAGUUCUGGUUUUUCUAUUACUUUUUAUACUGUAUCUUAAGAGCACUAGGCUGAAAGAGUUUAUUUUGGUGGUAAAAAAUAAAAUAUGCUUCUGCUCAUGUAACUAUUUUAAACGUUAAGAAGUAAAAUAACGAAAGACAUGUUAAUUGCUGUAUUCAGCGAACAGUUUUUUAAAGAAUGUUUAUCUCAGUCAGUAGGCAAAUAUUUGGUGUCAAACAAAUUGACCUUUCAUUGUUGCAACUCCUUAAUUAGCUAGUAAAGAUAUUCUUGUAAAUGUUUUUUCUGAUUGUAAUUAAUUUUUGAAGAUGUAGAAAGCUCAUUAUUCCUUGUAAGUAUUCAGGAUGCCUGCUUUUUUAAUGCAGUUGUGGAAAGAAUGUAAAAUGUUUUAAUAUAUUCUUUGUUACUCUGAAAACUUGUUAUUGAAUCACUUUCUUUACUUGGGGUGAGGGGGAGUAACAUAAGAUAUGCUUACGUUUUUAUCGGUCACUCAGAGUAAGCAGUGGAGAUCAGUGGUGUCACUGGGGGAGUGCAAACCGCACGCCUGACACUAUCAGAGGGGGUGACACCAAAAUGACCCCAGGGUCCGCAGUAGCAGUGGGCAGGCUGGUGCUGCUAGGGGAGGGGCCGCCAAGGCAGUGGUGUCACUAGGGUUGAUGUUGCCUGUCACCCAGCGUGGUAACUCAUCACCCCCUGUCACCCACCAGUCACUAGGGUUGGUGUCACCCAAUGCAGUAACUCCACCACCCCCCCAUCACCCACCAGGGUGCGGGUGGCCGGGCUACAGCACCCACCACUGGGCGGAGAGGGGGGUCCCUCUUUGGCUAAUGAGGGGAGGAGCUGAUGGGGGCAAGGCAGGGCCACUCUGCCCAUGGCAGGGGUCUUCACCAGCUGGCCCCAUCACCCUGCAGGGGGUGACAGCAUGAGUUACCGCACUGGGUGACGCCAACCCCAGUGCUGCCACUAAUGGAGAUAACAAAUAUUGUGCAUUUUUAAUACUAAAAGUACUUCCAGAUUGCUAGAAUGUUCAUCUUUAGAACUAGAGUUAAUAUACAUUGUAAUUUUCUCAGAAUAUACAACUAAGAAUUCACAGUGAUGUUAUCUGCACUCCUGGGAAGAUGAAGCAGUUCUUGGUUUUCUGUCCCAGGAUGGAUUGUUAACAUCUGUUCUUUUUAUAAUUCUGCCCCAGCAUUUAUCUGAUCCACACAAAGCCCCCAUUGCUGCUGGAGAGACAAGGAGAAGAUGUGGUCUUUGCUAGAGGCAUGGAGUGGCUCCCUCUGCAGGCCGGCUGGGUGGUCGGGUGAGCAGGAGGCGAGGCAUUCACCCACCUGCCGUCAGAAUUAACGGGUCUCAAGGUGGCCUCUGUUUCUCUCAAAUUGAGGUUUGUACAUACAGCUAUAACCUGGAACUUAAGGAAGUAAAAUUAUUUGACGCUUAUUACUACAGAAAUUAGCAGGUGUCAUUCAUAACAGGUUUCUUUAUAAAUUGUAUCUAACUAGCUAAUUUUGGACUACAACUCAAAUUUGUCAAUUUCUAAUGCCUCAUCAGUGUAUUUUGCAAUAAUUGUGAAAAGCAUUACUGAUUUAAAUGAUGCUGAUAACUAUCCUUUCGUAAGUGUUCUUUAACGCUAGCUACUAAGCUUUUUUAAAUUUUAAAACUAGAUUUUUCUGUUUUGUGGCUUUAGCACUUUAAGAAGUUUGAUGUUUGCAGAAUUUUUAUUUAAUAUCCUUGUUCAGUGCUUCUGAUGUUCUCUGGCUUAGGGCAUUUCCACGUGACGGGAGAAAAACUGAAAGCCAGUGUUUGGAUUUUGGAGAACAAGAUGGAUAAAUGUCAGGUUUCUAAAAAAUUCUUUUCAGAGGCAGUCUUUUGGAAACCAAAGUAUUUUACUGUAAAUCUUUAAAAUUAUUAAAUUUGGUGCUGUUUGUCAUUUAUUAGUGCUGUCCAGAUUUCUCACAAAGUUGUACUUGGUUAACUCUCAAAAGGUGAUAAUUUCUCAUGGGUAUUAAUCCAAAACUAUUUCAGAACUUUUCACUGAAUACAUGCUCACUGGUUGAGCAUUUGGCUGCUAACCAAAAGAUCAGCAGCUCAAACCCACCGGCGGCCCUGAGGGAGAAAGAUGCGGCAAUCUGCUUCCACAAAGAAUACAACCUUGGAAACCCUCAGGGGCAGUUCUCCUUUGCCCUACAGAGUCCCUAUGAGUUGGAAUCGACUGGAUGACCAUGAGCUUGGUAUUUUGGUUUGUUUAAAAAAAAAAAAAAAAAAAGAGUGGUUUUAUAAUUGUGUGUAUUUUGUAGUCAUAUGCCUUAGAAUAAAUCAUUGUUCAAUUUUAUUUCGAAAUCACUUUUUUGGAUGGAAAACUCACAGUAAAAUAGGAUUUCUAUUUAUCUAAUGUUAAUCCAGUCUUUAUUUGUAUCACAAUUCUAUUGUCUGCUUACAUCUUGACUAAGAAUGAACGGAGUCAAUAAAUUUGUACUAUAUUUUGUUUUGAGUCAGGGUUUCAUUGAUAGGUUUUGGAAUUUGAGAAUGAUUAAUAGCUUUUACAUUUAUGAAAGUGAAGAUACAGCCCUUCUAUUUGGGUAAUCAGACAAUGUUCCGCUGCUAUUCGUAAGGUUUUCAGUGGCUAAUUGUUUUCAGAAGUGGACUGCCGGGUCCCUCUUCCUAGUCUGUCUUAGUCUGGCAGCUCAGCUGAAACCUGCCCUCCACGGGUGGCCCUGCUGGUAUCUGAAUACCGGUGGCAUAGCUUCCAGCAUCACAGCAACACACAAGCCCCCACAGUACGACAAACUGACACACGUGACAGACACAGUGAGCUCCAGCAUAACAACGACUGUAAGCAUGGCUCAGGACCGGGCAGGGUUUCAUUCUGUCGUGCAUCGGGUCGCUAUGAGUCGGAGCCCACUCGACGGCACCUAACAACAACGACGAUGUUUGGGUGAUACGAACAGCCCCUGAAGAGUUGGGCAUGAUGAGUAACUUACCCCGACAGUUCCUGGUUGCUUGUAGAAUUGUUUGUAUGAAAACUUCAGUUGUUUGGACACAGCAAAUACAUGAUCCUUAAAACCAGAUAAGUGGCAAUCUUGAAUUAUCCACUUUUUUCUUCACUGGUCAAAUUAGUAGUUUUAAAAAUGGUCCUGGGAGUAAACGCGUCAGAAGCAGGUUUUUAAGCCCCCUGCGCUGGUAUUAAAGCCUAGCAAUUGACAAACGUUUUAUUUCCUAGUUGAGGAUCUGUGCCCCGUUGAUGGGCACCGAUUCGCCUGCCUUGGGUUUGUGUCUACACCUCCCUGCUUUUGUCUCCUUUCCCGUGUCCUAAACUGGUCUUUCUUGGGAGCCUCUGGUUGAAAAUUUCUUGAAUACAAUGGAGCAAAUGGUGUAAACUUUUUAUCUUCCUUCUGCUUUAACCCUGCUCUUCCACUUGCCAUCAAAUACUGUUUUAAAAAACCUCGAUGUGCCCUUUCUUCGUAAUAGGAACAGGCUUUCUGAGGUUUGAGAUUGGUGCAUAGCCACUGCAUCCUCCUUGGUUGUAGGCACACACUCAGGACGGUGAACACCUGAGGUGGCAAAACCAAUACUUCCAGCGUUUAAUAUUUUUCCCCAAAGCCCAUAGCCGUGGAGUUGAUUCUG